GUGCCCUCCAAAUUGAACUGAGUGAAGAAUCUGACCAAGGCAAAUAUGAGUGUGUUGCAACCAACAGUGCGGGUACACGCUAUUCUGCCCCUGCCAAUCUAUAUGUCAGAGUUCGACGGGUCCCACCGAGGUUCUCUAUCCCCCCCACCAAUCAUGAGAUCAUGCCUGGCGGGAGUGUAAAUAUCACGUGUGUUGCGGUGGGGUCACCAAUGCCAUAUGUGAAAUGGAUGCUAGGAGCAGAAGAUUUGACACCCGAGGAUGAUAUGCCAAUAGGGAGGAACGUUCUUGAGCUUAAUGAUGUCAGGCAGUCUGCAAACUAUACUUGUGUUGCUAUGUCUACCCUUGGUGUUAUAGAAGCAAUAGCACAGAUAACAGUCAAAGCUUUACCCAAACCUCCUGGAACACCUGUGGUGACAGAAAGCACAGCAACAAGCAUAACAUUGACUUGGGAUUCUGGAAACCCUGAACCAGUUUCCUACUACAUAAUCCAACACAAACCCAAAAACUCUGAGGAGCCAUAUAAAGAAAUUGAUGGGGUGGCAACAACACGCUAUAGCGUGGCUGGCCUGAGCCCAUAUUCAGAGUAUGAAUUUCGGGUAGUUGCUGUAAAUAACAUUGGACGAGGGCCACCUAGUGAGCCUGUGUCAACAAGGACUUCAGAACAAGCACCUUCAAGUGCACCACGCAAUGUGCAAGCCCGUAUGUUGAGCUCCACCACUAUUUUGGUACAGUGGGAAGAACCUGAGGAACCUAAUGGGCAAAUACAAGGUUACAGAGUUUAUUACACCAUGGAUCCCACUCAACAUGUCAACAGUUGGAUGAAGCACAAUGUGGCUGACAGUCAUAUUACCACUAUUGGAAAUCUGGUACCCCAGAAAACAUACUCCGUGAAGGUUCUUGCUUUUACUUCUGUUGGGGAUGGACCACUUUCUAGUGACAUACAAGUCAUCACUCAGACAGGAGUGCCUGGUCAGCCAUUGAACUUCAAAGCAGAACCUGAGUCUGAAACAAGCAUAUUACUUUCCUGGACACCUCCACGCUCUGAUACCAUUUCCAGCUAUGAACUAGUUUACAAAGAUGGGGAGCAUGGGGAAGAGCAACGGGUUUCCACUGAACCUACUACAUCUUAUCGCUUGCAAGGCUUAAGGCCAAACAGCUUGUACUUAUUCCGUCUAGCUGCACGUUCUCCACAAGGCCUGGGUGCUUCAACAGCAGAAAUCUCAGCAAGAACCAUGCAGUCAAAGCCAUCAGCUCCUCCUCAAGACAUUAGUUGCACAAGCCCCAGCUCCACUAGCAUUUUGGUAAGUUGGAAACCUCCACCGGUGGAAAAACAGAAUGGCAUUAUCACUGAAUACUCCAUCAAGUACAUUGGGAUUGAUGGAGAAGAUGUCAAGCCCCAUGAAAUUUUGGGAAUUUCCUCGGACAGUACCCGAUACCUUUUGGAACAGCUGGAAAAAUGGACUGAGUACCGGAUCUCUGUGACUGCCCACACUGAUGUUGGACCUGGCCCAGAGAGCUUAGCAGUAUUGAUUCGGACAGAUGAAGAUGUUCCUAGUGGUCCUCCUCGCAAAGUCGAGGUAGAGGCUGUCAACUCUACUGCUGUUAAAGUGUCAUGGCGCUCACCUCUACCCAAUAAGCAGCAUGGUCAGAUCCGAGGAUACCAGGUCCACUAUGUGAGAAUGGAAAAUGGAGAGUCAAAGGGUCAGCCCAUGCUGAAGGACAUCAUGUUGGCUGAUGCACAGGAAAUGAUAAUUUCUGGGCUUCAGCCUGAAACGACAUACUCCUUCACUGUGACAGCCUAUACAACAAAAGGUGAUGGAGCACGCAGCAAGCCCAAACUCAUAUCUACUACUGGUGCAG